AGACUGGCUCAGCCUCGCAGCUUUCAGUCUCUCCUCUGAGCUUCACAAAGCAGCUCCACUUCGCUUCUUUUUUGUCUGCACAGAAGCUUUCAUGCUUUUCCUGCCGAGCACAUAAGAGGAAAAGCAGCCGAAGGGCCGUUUAGCUCCGACUCCUUUUAGACCAUGCUACCUUGGAGAAGGAAUAAGUUUGUUCUUGCUGAGGAUGGGGCCAAGAGUAAGCCCAAGAGUCUGGGGACGGGGCUGACCUACCACUCCAUCCUCACCUCGCUCCUGCGCUCCUGUCCUGACCUGCUCCCUGACUGUCCCUUCGACUGGGUAGGCAGCAUCUUCCACAGCAAACGGCAGAAGGUGGAGCUGAACAAGGAGGAGCCAGUUUACAACGUGCGAUACCUUGGGAGCAUUGUCACCAUCAUGGCAAAGGGAGAAGGGUGCACCCAGGAGGCGGUGGCCAAGAUCUGGGCGAGGAGCAACUAUGGCGAGCAGAGCGUCAAGAUGAGGUUGACUGUGGGAUCGCAAGGAAUCCGAAUGAUCACCAGCAAAUCAGGGGACAAGAAGCCCGUCCACCUAUACUCUCUGAACCGAAUCACGUGCUGUGCAACGGACCCAUACCGCCCCAAAAUCCUGGCUUGGAUCUACAGACACCAGGUCAAGAACAUGGCGGUGGUACUCCGGUGUCACGCAGUCCUGUUUAGCAAGUCGGAGAAGGCCCAAGCCAUCGCCCGCAGCCUCUACCAAAACGCCACCUCCGCCUUCAGCGAGUUUAAGCGGCUGAAGCGCCAGAGUGACUUCCGGCAUCGCCAGCAGCAGCUGCUAGGUGAGGAGGUGGUGCCCCUGAUGCCCCUGAGAAGGCUACUGAAUGGCCAGUGCCACUACAGACCGCAAAUGGAUCACCCAGGGAGCACCACCCGCCUCUGCUCCAUCACAGAGGAAGAGGAAGAAGAGGUGGAGGAAGACCACAAAGAGCCAGAGAAAGACGUACAGGGACAGCGGCAAACACAAAAAGUUCUUACGACAAAAACGGACCCAACUCAGUUAUUGUCAGAGCUGGACAUUGUGGACAUCGCCCGACUUGAGCAAUGCCAGAUCAACUUUGUCAGUGACAGCAACAACAACACCUUUUCAUUUGUUACCUCUCUGGUGUGACUUUCACAGACAGGAAUUAUCCAGCACAACAGCACAUUACUGUCUCCUUUCUUACCUCUCCGCUCAGGCUCACUCCCUCCCCCGUCCAUUCAAGUGUUUACCAGAAACUUCUCAGAGAAGGGACGGACGACGGCUCCAUGGGUGUGAUUUCCCUGCUCUGCCCAGAUGGCUCAGUUCCUGCUUUUGGCUGCAGUUUUGGGGAAACUGCUUGUUUACAAAAGAGGGCUCCCAAUGCACAGAAAAAGGACAGCACAAUGUCGAACGAGGACACAAACGCCCCGACGCUCAGUUCAAAGAGCCAGAUGGGAGCACCUCGCUGGAUUUACCCAACCGUCCUCUGUUCGGCUGUUGUGAGCAUCUUUAAACCCAUUUGCCAGCAAGGACCUUUUUUAGAGGAUAAACUUGUAAUAUUUUUCUGUUUCCAAGACAGUUCUUUGUAAAUUUGUGUAAUUUUUCUAAAAUGACAGCCUUUUCCUGAAUAUUGCUCCCAGACUGACCUUUUGCCAAACGUUUAUUACAGUUUUGUUAAUAAGGCUAUAAUCCAGGAGGCAAGCCAUUAUUUAACGCUGCCAGCUGUCACCGCCCUCAUCCCCCGAGCAUGAGAAGUCAGCAGUAACCUUUGCAGCUUUUGUCGUUUUCUUCACGUGGCACCUUUGAUCCUUCAGCACUGUGAUAAAUUAUGUGUGUAGGGACAAAAUAAGCAGUCCCCUUCAAAGUAAUGUAAUGUCGUUUUUUACUGUUGUGGCACGCGUUUUGUUUAUGCUCACACCGAUGACAUCAGCAGUCCAAGACACAAAACUGUGAAAAUCAAGGAGAUAAUAUUUUAAUAAACCGCUGUAUGGUGGCCGGGUCACAUUGACCCAAACAUUCAAAGACAAAACCUUUUUUAAUGGGGUCAUUUGUCAUUUGCAAUCUGUUUAUAUGUCAUGAUUUGUUUGCAAAAAUAGGCUAAUUUGGGUUCUAAAGUCCUGUUUGGGUGUUUGGGUCACAUUGACCCACCCAACAAAUAUACAUCCAGAUGCAUAUCCUAAAUGGCCCCUGCACAACAAUUAUCCCUAUCUUUUGAUCUUUUUGAUUAGAAUAUUUCACAAGAGAUAUUACAAAAGAAAGAAUUGUAGAGAUUCAUGAAGUAUUUCUUUUUUCACUUCAUGCAUUUUUGAGAUUCUUUUGUUGCUCCUUUCUGGUUGUUUUUCCUUACUUAACUGUUUUCAAAUUUCAGACAAAUUUCCUUUCUUGGGUUGUCGUCACAUUUGCACUGUGGUUAUCAUGAAAUGGAGCAGUUUUUUCAACAUAUGAUGAAUAAAAAUUUGCCCUCAUUCGGA